UUACCAAUGUUAAAACCAAAGAUUAUAUCCCAAGUACUACGACAAUCUUUGUAUAAUGGUAUUAAAGCAGCACUGAUCAUGACAACAGAAGGAUCGCUGAUUUCAUUUGCAGCAGACAAUGACAAGAAUGCCACCAUUUACUCUGCCAUCUCGGCCAAUAUUUGGAACACAUACAAGAAAAAGAAUAGUGAAGUGUAUACCAACCUCCAAUUCCAAAUACUCGACUGUCAAGAAGGCGUUGUGUUUAUUACAAGUCUAGGAGGUAUGAUCCUAUGUCUUGUUGGUGAAGCAGAUGUAGAUUUGGGUAUGUUGAGAGCAAAAGCACAAGUCCUCAAGGGACACUUGGAAGGUCCUUUUCAACAACUUGCACUUCACACAGACUAUUGACGGACAUUCAAUAAAGUACACCAAUCAAGGGAUGACUACAAUGUCAUUUAAACCUUGUAUUCCUUUA